AUGCAACCCAACAGCAUCCUUUUCACUUCAGAAUCAGUCACAGAAGGUCAUCCUGACAAAUUGUGCGACCAAGUUUCGGAUGCCAUACUCGAUGCAUGUUUGACAGUCGAUCCAAUGAGCAAAGUGGCUUGUGAAGCGUGUACCAAGACUGGUAUGGUUUUGGUGUUUGGAGAGAUUACCACAAAGGCCAAUCCAGACUACCAACAAAUUGUCCGAAAUACCAUUAAAUCCAUAGGAUAUGAUGACAGUUCUCAAGGUUUUGAUUACAAGACGUGUAAUGUUUUGGUGGCCAUAGAACAACAAUCUGUGGAUAUUUCCCAAUGUUUGAAGGAGGAUCAGGAUUUGGGAGCUGGCGAUCAGGGCAUGAUGUUCGGUUUUGCUUGUAAUGAAACUAGGGAGCUGAUGCCACUUUCACACGUAUUGGCAAGUCGAUUGGCUGAACGACUUGCCGAGGUUAGAAAGAAGGGAAUUCUCAGAUGGUUGCGUCCAGAUGGAAAGACACAAGUGACUGUCGAAUAUAUUUUGACUGCUGACAGCAAUGAGCUGAUUCCAAAGAGAGUUCACACAAUUGUCCUUUCCACACAACACGACGAAUUAGUAACAAAUAAUGAAAUUGUGGAACAAAUCAAAAAGCAUGUCAUUGAGCCAACCAUUCCUGCACAAUAUUUGGAUGAAAAAACAAUUUAUCACAUUAAUCCAUCAGGAAGAUUUGUCAUUGGUGGUCCAAUGGGUGAUGCUGGAUUGACAGGAAGAAAGAUCAUUGUCGAUACGUAUGGAGGAUGGGGUGCUCAUGGUGGCGGUGCCUUCUCUGGUAAAGAUCCUACCAAGGUUGAUAGAUCCGCUUCGUACUAUGCAAGAUUUGUGGCCAAGUCAGUUGUGGCUGCAGGUUUGGCAAAGAGAUGUCUCGUUCAGGUGUCAUUUGCCAUCUCACUCAAAGAACCUCUUUCCAUUUAUGUCACUACCUAUGGAACCGCACAAGAUGGAAGGUCAGAUGCUGAUAUUUUGAGCAUUGUUAAGAAAAAUUUCGAUUUCACACCCUAUAACAUGAUUAAGGAAUUGGAUUUGAGAAGGCCCAUCUAUUUGAAAACAGCCACAUAUGGACACUUUGGAAGAGAAGAAUUCCCAUGGGAAAAAGUAAAACAAUUAAUACUUUAA